UCGCCCGGGCUGCCUGCUGAUCAUGUCUUCCAAGAAGAACAGAAAGCGGUUGAGCCACGGCGCGGAAAGUGGUUCGCCCUUGCUGGCUUCUGCUUCCUCUCGUGCGGGAGCCCAAACUUCUGCUGGGUCAGACUUGGCGGCGGCGGCCGGGACUCUGGUGGUGACCAACUUCCUAGAGAAGGAUGACAAAAUUCCUAAAGCAUUCCAGAAUUCCCUUGUUCAUCUUGGACUCAACACUAUGAAGUCUGCAAAUAUAUGUAUAGGUCGACCUGUAUUGCUUACCAGUUUGGAUGGAAAACAAGAGGUCUAUACAGCCUGGCCUGUGGCAGGAUUUCCUGGAGGAAAGGUUGGCCUGAGUGAAGUGGCUCAGAAGAAUGUGGGUGUGAGGGUUGGCGAUGCCAUCUGGGUCCAGCCUCUGGUGGGUGCUGUGCUACAGGCUGAAGAAAUGGACGUGGCACUGAGUGACAAAGAUAUGGACAUUAAUCAGGAAGAACUGACUGGUUGUAUUCUGAGAAAACUAGAUGGCAAGAUUAUUUUACCAGGCAACUUUCUGUAUUGUACAUUUUAUGGACGACCGUGCAAGCUACAAGUGUUGAAAGUGAAAGGGGCAGAUGGCAUGAUGUUGAGAAGGUCUCAGAAUGACUCUGCCGUGGAUGCCCAGGGAAUGGCCUCUGAACAGUCCAGCAUGGAAGCCAGUAGCCUGGAUUUAUCCUUACAGCUAAGCCACUUAGAUCUAGAAGAGCCUCAGAUUCCAGUAUCAAGAAGUACUCCUUGUAAACCAAUAGAUGAGAGAAUUCUAAAUAAAGUUGGUGACGUUUCAUUGGAUGUUACGCAGAGCCCUGGGAAUGGCAGUGGACUUGGACUAGAGGACGUUGCAGGUGUUAAACGUAGCUUUGAGUCUUCGAGAGAAGGAAAUAAGCAACUUACCAAUGAAGAGAGACUGCUAAAAUCUGCCAGUGUGGGAGCAAAGCGUAAUACAGAUGCUUUUUAUUAUAUUUCGUCAACAACAAGAGUCAAUUUUACAAAGAUUCGUAGAAACUCAAAAGAGCAAGACAACCAAUUCAGAGUAACUUAUGACAUGAUAGGCGGCUUAAAUAGUCAGCUGAAAGUAAUUAGAGAAAUGAUUGAAUUGCCUCUCAAACAGCCCAAACUUUUCAAGAGUUACGGAAUUCCUUCCCCUAGAGGAGUGUUACUCUAUGGCCCUCCAGGUACUGGAAAGACAAUGAUUGCCAGGGCUAUUGCUAAUGAAGUUGGAGCCUAUGUAUCUGUAAUUAAUGGUCCUGAAAUUGUAAGCAAAUUCUAUGGAGAAACUGAAGCAAGGUUACGUCAGCUAUUUGCUGAAGCCACUCUACGGCACCCAUCGAUUAUUUUUAUUGAUGAGCUGGAUGCACUUUGCCCUAAAAGAGAAGGGGCUCAGAAUGAAGUGGAAAAAAGAGUUGUAGCUUCGCUCUUAACACUGAUGGAUGGCAUUGGUUCAGUAAGUCUCUGUGCCUUGCGGAGAGUCCUGAGGAAACAGCCUACCCUCCCUGAUAGCAAAGUUGCUGGCGUGGUGAAGAUCACUCUGAAUGAUUUCUUGCAGGCAAUGAAUGCCAUCAGGCCCAGUGCCAUGAGGGAGGUAGCAAUUGAUGUCCCAAAUGUAUCCUGGUCUGAUAUAGGAGGACUGGAAAAUAUCAAACUGAAAUUGAAACAGGCUAUUGAAUGGCCCUUGAAACAUCCAGAGUCUUUCAUCCGAAUGGGUAUUCAGCCACCUAAAGGAGUUCUUCUUUAUGGGCCACCUGGAUGCUCUAAGACAAUGAUAGCAAAGGCUUUGGCCAGUGAGAGUGGACUGAAUUUUCUAGCUAUAAAGGGGCCUGAGUUAAUGAAUAAAUAUGUUGGCGAAUCUGAAAGAGCAGUUAGAGAGAUCUUCCGAAAAGCAAGAGCCGUGGCUCCUUCCAUUAUUUUCUUUGAUGAACUGGAUGCCCUAGCAGUUGAAAGGGGCAGUUCUUCAGGUGCUGGGAAUGUAGCGGACCGUGUUUUGGCUCAGCUCUUAACGGAAAUGGAUGGGAUUGAACAGCUGAAGGAUGUGACAAUUUUGGCAGCCACCAACCGCCCAGACAGGAUAGACAAGGCUUUGAUGCGGCCUGGAAGAAUUGAUAGAAUCAUCUAUGUGCCUUUACCAGAUGCAGCAACAAGAAGGGAAAUAUUUAAUCUGCAGUUUCACUCUAUGCCUAUCAGUGAUGACGUUGACUUGAAUGAACUAGUCCUCCAAACUGAUACAUACUCAGGAGCUGAGAUUAUAGCUAUGUGUAGAGAGGCAGCUCUUCUGGCUCUAGAAGAAGACAUUCAAGCCAACUGCAUUAGGAAAAGGCAUUUUACUCAAGCCUUGAGCGCUGUGACACCUAGGAUUCCUGAGUCACUGAGACGUUUUUAUGAAGAUUACCAAGAGAAGAGUGGGCUACAUACACUCUAAGAAAAUGUACAUAUUCAUUAUGUGAAAAAUGCUUUCUG